AUGGCUACGAAUGUGGUGGCACGUGACGAACGAGCGCAGCGACGCGCUGCAUCUGCGGAGCGAGCGGCUGCGAAGGCAACGAGAAGAGCGAAGGAGACGACGGAGGUGGCUGGGGACACUGGCGACAGCGGCACGCUGACACUGGAAUCCUCGGUGAUCACCAGCACGUCGGGUGACACGCCACUGGGAUCGGCGAGUGACGGACGCGGAGGUGGUCGUGGUCGGCCCGGACGAGACGAAGGGGCUGGCAGUGGUCGUGAGCCGGCCGGUGGCAACGACGGCGAACGGUCCACCAGCGGCAGCAGUGGCAACGUGGCUAGAAGCAACUUGACUGGAGGCGGCACGUCGCCCACAGCGGGAGACGGAGGUCGACGUGGCGGCGGACACGGGGAUGACGGAAAGGGGGGUGACGGUGGUCACGGUGAGCGGGUUGGUCAACGUAAGGCGGCCACCAGCUUCUCCGGCGGCUACGUCGACUUGACGGGAACUGGAGGUGGCGGCGGACACGGUGGCGCUGGUCCUGGACGCGCAUCGACCCCACCACCGACACUUGGAGCAGCGAGAAUGAGAGCGGCGGCGGCACCCAUCGUCGUCCGUGAGAAGACGAAAGCACUGAAGUUGACGAAAUUCAAGGGGCUUGACGACAUGAUGCCCGUGAGCAUGUGGCUCAAGACGGUGCGUCAGGAGCCGGAAGAAGAGAGCAUCAACACGCUAGCAGCGAUGCUACGCGCGAAGUACAUGACGCAGCGGUCGGGUCCCGAGGUGGUCGACUUGCUGAACGCGCGUCGGCAGAUGAAAGGAGAGCGGCUCGUCGACUACGCGCAGGCGCUGCGCGAGAUCGCCGAGCGUGGCGAGAUCGGCGACGACUGGCAGGUCAGCGCGUUCUUGAAAAGCAUGAGCAGCACGGAGGGGGCGACGCACGUGCGCGGACACCGGCCGAAGACGCUGGACGAAGCGCUGAGUGUGGCGAUUCCCCAGGUCGGAGACUACGGCGAAGGAUACGGGAGCAGACUGGAGGAGGCGAUGGCCGCGUGGGACGCACGCGAGGCCACGAGCGGGCGCGGGCCCUUGGCGGCGGCGAAGGCACGCGGCGGAAGAGAGCAGUCGGCAGUCGGCGGCAACACGUGGAAUGUGGUCUCGGGGUACGGGCCCGGCUGGGGUGCCGCUCCGAAGCCACCACGGUACGAUACGGAAGGGAGACCGGUGGAUACCGGUAAAGCCAGUGCGGGUGAGUGGUGGAAGGCCAUCCCACCUGGUUUUCAACUGGUACCGGCCGGUACUUCAAGUGGUACCGCUGGCGGUUCAAAAUUUCAAACCAGUGGCGGGCAGACGCGUGUUGAGAGCGGCAAGCGGCCGGCAAGCGACCAGAACACGAAGAGACCGGCUAAGACCUUUAAGGUCGAGAGUAAGUACGGAGGAGGAGCGCAUGGAUCGGGUAGUGGCCCGAGCAAUCCGGCGCUGGCUACUCGAGAAGGACGAUUGCGCAACCAUGAACGCUACAUGGCAAGCAGGGCGCCACCGCGAGCGUUCGUGCCGAGAGAGGGCACAGAGUGCUAUUACUGCGGCUUCGCGGGGCACUUCGCGCGCAACUGCACGCUGAAGCAAGCUGAUUUAGCGGCUGGGGGCGCGACGGUGGCGUCUGAGGAGGCGGCGAACGACGAGAACAGGAGCCGGAGCAGCGGAGUGAAGAAGGUGGCAGCUGGAGCGGCGAGGAAGCAAGUCCGGCACGGCGUGGCUGAAACUGGGGAUGGCGGCGUGCUGCACGCACGGCAUGCGGCUGGUGGAAGAGCGGUUCUGCGGUCUGGGGAUGGCGCGGCACAGGCUGUGUCCGUGGCCGUCACAGCUGCAGACAAGAACGAGGUGGCGAGCACGAGUGGGAAGUCGCGCGUGAUGACGGAGACCAAGCACGUGCGGUUCGUGGUGGCCGAUCACGGCAUCGGGGAAGAGUUCGUUAGCGAGGAGCAGACGCCGAUGACAAAGACGGCCAAGGACAAGGUCGAGAAGAUGCUGGACGUGGGCAACGUCGGCGACACGGGCGCAGACAACAAGAAGCGCGCCGUGGUCGGCUUGGCGUACGCGAGCGUCAGGAAGUCGAACGAGGAGCUGGAGGCUGCGGUGUCCAAGCGGCUGGACGAGGGGCUGGAGCAGUUCGGCGCGGAUGGCACGGCGGUCGAUGUGGCGAACACUGACAACGCGGUAA